UGAAAAAACGACCCCAUCUCAAGCCUUAUAAAUCUGGUUUUUCUCUCUUUGGUGUCGCACAUGAUUGUAAGCCACAAAUCAUUCUAUUUUCGAAACCGUUGCAUCCCCAGUUUAUAGACAAAUCACCAAUUUUCACUUCCCCCGCCUCCAGAUCAAACCCAAAAACGGAAAAAGCAAAAGCACACCACAACGCGUCAUGCCAUUGCCAGAACCACGCGAGCUCACUCCUCGAGUCUGCGAGUUGUCAAGCUGUAGCGAGGCAGACACAGAUCUUCUGAAGCGCUGCUCAAGCUGCAAGGCGGUGUACUACUGCGGAGCAUCCCAUCAAACCGCUGACCGAAGCCAUCACAAAAAUGGCUGCAUCAUCAUCAAAAAGUCACGCAAGGCGGUAGAGAAGGAGGAGCAAGAGCUUCGCGAUCAUCCAGGAGAUAUGUUCACCCCUCCGAAUAUCUUUGAGAAUGGCGUUGGGCAUUUUUGGGGUAUUCAUGAGACACGUGCGUAUAUGCGUGCACGGUAUCAUAUGGUCGACGUGUUGCUCCAGGUUUAUGGCGCACCAGGCGGGAAGAUCGAUGCUGUUCAAGAGGCAUUGGACCAUCUUCUUGAUAUGCUUCGUCUCUGUCGGGGGGACAACAUGGGUGUGAGGGAUCUUGUGCCGCAUUUGUACAUCCGCCUCAACAGGGAUCAGGAAGCCUACGAUUUCGUCAAGUGGUACGCGACCACCGGCUCAGAGUCGAAGUACGAUUGGGGCGACAUGGACCAGCCAUAUCUCGAUAUCAGGGACGCGGAUGUUUUGGAGGAACCACUGGAGACUUGGUCAAAUGGCAAAUAUCUCAGCUUAGGCCACGUUGCAGCUGUCACGCUUAUCAAAGCGAGGAUUCUGUUUGACUUGCAGUCUGCUCAGAACGCCGCCAGGGCCCUCAACGGUACCAUCCCAUCAGAGAUCGUGGGACUCAUCCGCGGCGAGCUUGUCGGCAGUGCUGUGGCCUCGCGUUCUGAUAUCCUCCUGGGUAGCACAGAACAUCUGUCUAAGCUCAUCAAAAAGGUUAAGGAUCAGAUUGUCAAGCUUUACAGAUCUGUGAAUGAGUAUAACCCGCACUUCUGGCGCUUAAUGUUGAGUAGUCCAGUAUCGGCCGCGUCUCAAAGGCCCGGAAUGUACUCGCACGAAACGAAGGAGGAAGCUUGUCUGAUGAUUGGGUACUGUCUUGCUUCCUGGGUUGAGACACCUGGGGCCUUCCAGUUGAUGAAGGAUUUAGGUCAAACUGUUUAGAAGAUUGGAUAUUUGGUUAUUUGGUUUAGUCGAGUAUGUUAAGGCUAUCAGGCUGUAUAAUAGGCUCUGCAUUAUAUCAGUAACCUAGAAUACAAAUUGUAUCAAUAUGGGUUCAGUAGUCAAGAAACAUGUCUGCUUUAGAAGGGUUUAGGAUAGGCUUAGGAUAGGCUUAGGAUAGGCUUAGGAUGAAAUCUUAGACCAGACGAUACUCCCCCACGCCGAUGGGGAGCAAGAUAACUAGCGGCAAGGUACACGUUGACUUCUCAAAGUUAACGUUCAGUGGUAGCGUACUCUACUUCCCCGUCGGCUGCUGUCUUGGCAGGCGUUGCCUUAACUCAAAGGCGGGCUGCACCUCUUGGAAUUAGAAGUCGUGUCAGUGAAGCACGAUUAUCUUGUGUCGAGUAGCUGUUUAUCUACAUGAUUGACACGAACCAUCCAAUCAUAUGCCUGU